CUCAUUGAAUGACUCCUAAUGAGUCAACCUCAACUCUUAAACUCCUUUUUUUGAUACGCCACUAAAGCCAUCUUUGAAGCCAUUGAUUUUCUUUUUUUUUGAAGAAAACCAAUCAUAACCAACCCUUUUGUUUCUUUGAGUUGCCAAUUCUCUUUGGACAGCGUGUGCCAUAAGAGUGUAGCACGUUUUUUUUUUCACCUUUCCUGGACUGACUUAAUCAUCUGGUGUGUAUCUCUCCCGUCUGCACACCAUCACUCAGUGAGAAGUUGUGUUUUUCCACGUUGUAGCGACAACAAUCGAUAACAAUGACGAUGAACAUACCGGGCCUGGUGGUGAUGGCGGCGUUCUACCUGCUCAUCCUGGGAACGGGCAUCUGGGCAUCCAUGCGCUCCAGGAAGGAGGAGAAAAAGUGGACGGGGGAUGGAAUGGAGAUCACACUACUGGCCGGACGGAACAUCAACUUGCUUGUGGGCGUCUUCACUCUUACAGCCACAUGGGUAGGAGGAGGCUUCAUCCUCGGUAUUGCUGAAGCAACGUACAACCCAACAUUAGGAGCAGUUUGGGCUCUCAUGCCUGUGCCAUAUGUCCUUACAUUCUUCCUCGGUGGCUUUUUCUUUGCAAAGCCCAUGAGAGAGAACAACUAUGUGACAAUGAUGGACCCUUUCCAGAAGAAGUAUGGCAACGUGCUGGCCAGUGCUCUGAUCUUUCCGGCACUGGUCGCUGAUGUGCUGUGGGUGGCACGCACACUCGUCAGCCUGGGUGGAACUAUGAGUGUGAUCCUGGACCUCUCUUACGUCUACUCCAUCAUCAUCUCCUCAGUGGUGGCCAUUGUCUACACGCUCCUGGGGGGGCUCUACUCUGUGGCUUACACAGAUGUCAUCCAGCUCAUCCUCAUCUUCAUCAGCCUGUGGGUGUGUGUCCCUUUCCUGUUGACCAACCCUCACUCUUUGGACAUCUCAGUGACAGCCUACAACCAGAGCUUCCAGGCUCCCUGGGUUGGCACGGUGGAGCUUGAUGAAGCCGGCAAGUGGUUUGACGACUUCAUGGUGCUGGCUCUGGGAGGGUUGGCCUACCAAGCGUUCUACCAAAGGAUCCUGUCCGCCUCAUCUUACACCCAGGCUCAAGUGACCUGCUUUGCCUCAUCUGCCUUUUGCCUGGUGCUGGGUAUCCCCUCUGUACUGAUCGGAGCCGUUGCAGCAUCUACUGACUGGAACUCAACAACCUAUGGACUGCCAACUCCAUAUGAGCGUGGUGAGGCAGGUUCCAUCCUCCCCAUUGCCCUGCAGUCCCUCACACCGACCUACGUGUCCAUCAUUGGCAUUGGUGCUGUAGCUGCUGCUGUCAUGUCCUCCAUGGACUCGGCCCUGCUGUCCUCUGCCUCACUGUUCUCCUCCAACAUCUACAAGAACAUUAUCAGAAAGCAGGCAUCAGACCGUGAGAUGCAGUGGGUGAUUCGUAUCUCGGUGGUGGUCGUGGGUCUGGCUGGUACUGGCCUCACCUUCCUGGACAGCAGCGUGCUGGUCUUCUGGCUUGUGGGUGUGGACAUGUCCUUCACCAUCAUGUUCCCUCAGCUGGUCUGCAUCCUCUUCUUCAAGGUGUCCAAUGGCUACGGGGCCAGUCUGGGCUUCAUAGUGGGAAUCAUCAUGAGAAUCAUGAGCGGAGAGCCCCUCAUCGGCCUGCCGCCCGUCAUCCGCUACCCCGGCUGCCGGCUGAACGAGGAGGGCACGCUCACCCAGUUCUUCCCCUUCCGCACUACUAUCAUGGUCACGUCACUGCUAUCCAUCCUGCUGUUCUCCUGGCUGGCAGCUAUCGUUUUCAACAAAGGCCUGUUGUCUGAGAAGUGGGAUGUGUACAAGAUCAAACGCAAGCAGCGGGUCCCUGAAGACAAGAAGACCAGUGGAAACAAAGAAGAGGCCUCCGUGUCCAAGCAGCUACUGGACACCACCAGCUGCUGAAGGGCCUCACGUGGAGCAAAAAAGAUGAGUUGUGACAGGAGGCAAAUAUGCUUGUCUGCUCAACAGGAGUUCACAGAAUCUGUAGACAAUCAGCGAGUCUGUGUCACAUCCAGAUCAACAGCAACUUGAUCACCUUAGCAUCAGUUACCUUCUACAAAAAAAUCUCUAAAAAUCAUCACUUUAGCUUGUGUAUGAUCGUGAACAAUCCAUGAACACAUAUCGCAUAUUAUGUGACUGAUUAAAAACACAUUCAUCAAUUACGGUAAGCCUUCUUAUAAUCUAUAUCGCACAGCCUUGAAAUGGACGGACUGAGCUCAGCCAUUUAAAUUCCUUUCCAUUUGGAAAAGAAAAUAUUGAUAGUUUUAUGAAAUGAAAUGAGUUUGUUCAAUGGACGGAUUUGGAUUUGUACAGAUUUGUAGAAAUAUAUAUUUUAUCACUCUUGCAAAUUGAGAUGAUGUUCCUUUUUGGCUUCUAAAUGUAGUCCCUAGACUAAAGUGCACAUGAAACACUUUUUGGCCAUCUGUGCAAAUGAACAGCAUAUUCAGUCCAACUGAAGAACAAUGAAGUAGUUUACAGCUCCCGAAUAACAAAAUGUAGACCUUCUCCGGUUGUUGGCGCUUGUAGCAUGCGUCCAAAUUGUCACCCUCAGAGGGUGGCCAUUGUGUCUGCCUCUCUCAGCAUGUUUUUUUUUGUUUUGACAUGUUGAAUUGCGGCCUGAUCAGUACAGUAUCAAACACACAGAAAGGUCAACUGGCAGUUGUCCAGUCACUGUCAACCCAAUGAAAGAAGGGUCACGUGAACAUGUCCAUAAUGUGAAAACACCAUUUUGCCUUAAGCACAAGUACUGUAAACAACCGAGCCUACUCAAAACUUUGUAUUAUUUUCAACAAUGCUGUGACAAUGAGGCAACCCCUUCCCCACGGUUGUCCAAUCAGGUGUGACUGCUCUGGUUUGCAGUCCCUUGCUGCUAAGCCAAUAUUCAAACACACAAAUGUGAACAACAAACACUAUUGAAACACACUUCUCUUCUAACGUCUUGAAUGGAACUUGUGUUGAUGUUUUUAAAAGACUUGUACUCCUUUCAAUGCGACGCAUGGAGCAAAUGUAUCUUUUCCCAGUGAAUAUUGUCAUUCAUCCAGGUCAUUGUAUCCUCAGGGCAUUGAAUGCAUCGCAACUGGACUGUUCAGGGUUUUUUUAGAAGAGGUUUUGCCUUUCAUUUGAGCAGGCAUCGUCAGUUCAAGCUCAAAGACUAGAUAGGACAGCUGUAGUCUAUGAUGGACUGGAGCUGUCCUAUCUAGCCUUUCAAUCUAGUCCACCAUAGAAUGGAGCUGUCCUAUCUAUUUUUUGUUCAUGAACUGAUGUUGAUUAUCUAGGACAGCUGUAGUCCACCUUAGACUGGAGCUGCCCUAUCUAGUAUUUAGCUCUAGUCCACCAGCGACUUGAGCUGUCCUACUUAGUCACCAGUUUAUGUUCAAAGACUAGAUAGAGCAGCUCCUGUCUCCUAUGUCCUAUCUUGGCCUUAAAGGAUAGAUAGUACAGCUCCUGUCUCAUAUGUCCUGAGUAUAAACUGAUGAUGACUCGAUAGGACAGCUUGUAGUCCACCAUAGAGUUGGCCUGCACUUUCCAGCCAUCUUAUUGUCGAUAGGACAGUAUGUGGGCCAGAGCUGUCCUAUCUAGUCCACCAUAGACUAGAGCUGCCUAUGGUGUCUAGUCAAUGGUGGACUAGAGCUGACCCAUCUAGGCCAUGGUGGACUAGAGCUGUCCUAUCUAGUCCAUGGUGGACUAGAGCUGUCCUAUCGAGUUCACUAUAGACUUGAUCUGCCUAUGGUGUCAAGUCAAAAGUGGACUUGUGCUGUCCUAUCUAGUCCACAUGCUUUUUAGUCUAUGGUGGACUACAGCUGUCUUAUCUAGUCCGCCAUAUACUCGAGCUGCCUAUGGUGUCUAGUCAAUGGUGGACGAGAGCUGUCCUAUCUAGUCCACUAUAGACUACAGCUGGCCUAUCUCGUCUUUAAGCAUGAACUACUAAAGCCUGCUCAGGUGAAAAGCACAACAUCUUAGAGAAACUAGCUGCAAUCGAUUCAAUGCCUUGAGAGAAGGUUUCUUUUAUUAUUAACAGCCUCAGAAGUAUUUUUUGUAUCAGGCAGUAUGUGUAUGACAAUCUAAACAUGCCCUAGCAUCAUACAUUUACCUUAAAUAUCACUGGAAACAGGUCUCCUCUCCUCAUGUCAGUGUUGUUUUGCUGGAUACCGUAAAACGGGUGUAUACCAAAUACGUGGUGGAGUAGCAAUGUAGCUCAGGAGCUCAUCACAUGAGUCCCGCUGCCAUUGAAAAGAAAUAGAUGGUCAAAAUCUGUUGUUUUUCCAAAGACAUCUUGUAGAGCACAAAACAGGACUAUUUGCAUGCGUCUUUGUUUUUUUUGUUUUUUUUUAUAGACGUGAUUUUUAAAUGUAUUAUACUCUUGUACAGCCUAAUCGCAAUUUGUACAUUAACACUUAUUUUUUAUCAAGGUUGAUUUCCAUGCGUUGUUAGUUUUAGAGGAAAAACACAAACAUGUAUUCGUUUCAAGUUGGCAAUGUCUGAAGUCAAAUUCACACUCAGCUUUGCUGAAAAAGGAAUGUAGACCUGAUCACUUUUUGUUCACAUUGGCCUUAUAAUUGGCCUGCACUUUCCAGCAGUGUUAUUUGCCUUUAUGGUCCUCACAAUGAACACCGGCCCAAAGCACAAAUUCAGCCAGCAGUUGUCACGAUGGAAAACUACAUCUUAAUAAUGGCGUAUUUGCGUGGCAUUGUGCUUUUACUUGGUGAUUCUUGGGACAAGAAUAUUCGUGUUCCACGGGUUUUUCAAAGGUCACUAACGUCCUGGACUGGUUUUGGUUUUAUGAAAAAAAAAUAUAUUGAGCUCUUUAUUUGCCCCUCCUUGUCUGUAUUUGGUUUUAUACUUAUAUGCAUGACAGUUGUCAAUUAACCGUGUACGUAUACUGAACUUUCGUGAAGGCUGUUCUUCUCUUGCCACUUGGCAAGGUUCUACUUUGUAAUCAAUUAAUGUAAAUCCCCAUGGGGUGAGGUU